AUGGAGCUUCUUCUGCUCACCCUCUUCCUUACACUGUUCUCUGCACUCUCAGUGUCUUCCACACAAACAGUAGUACAAGGAUUCCCAACCUCAACCCCCCAAACCUCCUUAUCAGUAGAAAAAGAAACAGACUUCUUAAUUUCCCCAAACAGAACAUUCUCUUCUGGGUUCUACAAAGUGGGCACAAACGCCUUCUGUUUCUCAAUCUGGUUCACCAAUUCCCUCAACAAAACCGUUGUCUGGAUGGCCAACCGAGACCGCCCCGUUAACGGAAAACAGUCCCAGUUAACCCUCCGGAAAAGAGGCAACCUGGUAUUAACUGACGCCGGUGGCUCGGUCAUGUGGGCCACCGACACAUUCUCGCGAGGACAAGUGGAAGUCCGGCUUCUUGACACCGGGAAUUUAGUACUAGUGACAAACAGUGAGAAUGUGAUCUGGCAAAGUUUUGAUUAUCCCACAGACACCCUUCUCCCGACACGAUUGCUUGUCAGGAACACGACGUUGGUGUCUAUGAGGGGACGAGGUAUGCACUUGUCCGGGUACUAUAAAUUAAAAUUUGAUGAUAAUAAUGUACUGAACCUUAUCUAUGACGGUCCUAUGAUUUCGAGUAUUUAUUGGCCUAGCACCUUGCGAGAGACAGUGUUCUAUUUUGGCAGAACACCGUGCAAUAGCUCCAGGGUGGCAUUUUUUAAUGAAAGAGGAAGGUUUAGAUCGAGUGAUCAUUUGAAGUUUAAUGCAUCAAAUUUUGGGGUUGGGCCUAAAAGGCGGUUAACGCUGGAUUAUGAUGGGAUUUUGAGGCUGUAUAGCUUGGAUGGGGCGACCGGGCUUUGGGAGGUGACGUGGCAGCCCGGUGGUGUUGAUGUUUGCAAGGUUCAAGGACUGUGUGGACCAUAUGGUUUUUGCAGGGUGGCUCAUGUAAAAGUUCCAAGAGAUAUAGUGAUCUCUCAUAAAGGGAAAGUACUAAAUACGACUAGUGAUUUGAAUUGCUCGGCUGCAGAGGUGAUGGUGUCGAGUGGUGGUGGUUCUGGCAUUAGUGGUGGUGGAGAAGACACAAAGCAAAAUGGGUUCAUGAAGUUACUAAUUUCAUUCGUGGGUUCGGUAGCAAUCAUUGAAAUGGUCUGCAUCGGCUUAGGUUGGUGGUUUGUGUUGCGAAAACAUGUCCAUGAGGAACUUGUGAAUAUGGGUUACAUUGUGCUAGCAUUGGGCUUCAAACGGUUCACAUACGCUGAGCUAAAAAGGGCAACUCUGAACUUCAAACAAGAGACAGGAAAGGGGGGUUUUGGGACAGUCUACCGGGCAAUUUUGGACAACCAGAGAGUCGAGGCGGUGAAGAGAUUGGAAGGCAUUUUGCACGGAGAUGCCGAGUUUUGGGCAGAGGUGAGCAUCAUAGGGAAGCUCAAUCACCGAAAUUUGGUGAAAAUGUGGGGCUUCUGCGCGGAAGGCGAGCACAAACUAUUGGUUUAUGAGUACAUGGAAAAUGGGUCAUUGGACAAACUCUUGUUCACAGACUCAUCAAGCAGUGCCUUAGACUGGGAACAUAGAUACAACAUUGCUCUUGGGACAGCGAAAGGCUUGUCCUACAUACACGAGGAGUGCCUCAAGUGGGUACUCCAUUGUGAUGUAAAGCCUCAAAACAUACUACUAGAUGAUAACCUCGAACCCAAGGUGACAGAUUUUGGCAUGUCAAAGCUUUAUAGAGAAAGCCUUGACAUGGGUUUUUCCAGGGUGCGCGGGACUAGAGGGUAUUUGGCUCCUGAAUGGAUGAUGAACGUAACAAUUGAUGCGAAAGCCAAUGUGUACAGCUAUGGGAUUGUCUUGUUGGAAUUGCUGACCGGAAAGAGGGCAUCUAGUCUCCAUUGGCAAGUAGGUGAAGAGAACGAGUACAAUCGGUUGGUACAAUUUGUGAGGCAAAAGAUUAAGCAAGACAUGCUUGUGGAAGUGAUUGAUCCAAGAUUGAACCAUGUUUACAGUGAUGGGAAGCUUGAAACAUUGGUGGAAGUUGCGUUGAUGUGCGUUGGGGAAGAUCGCGAUACAAGGCCUGCCAUGAGUAAGGUUGUGGAGCUUCUGAGUGGCGAUGAUGAUGAGAAGAGCAUAGAUGAUCAGGAGGGGGAUAAUUAGA